AUCGGCCGCACAGAAAAAGAAAAUGUCUUUGGCCGAAACGAGGAAGUCGUUGCCGGUUUACGCGUAUCGCGAUGAAUUCAUUCAAGCGGUUCACGACCAUCAAGUUUUAAUCAUUGAAGGCGAAACAGGCUCCGGGAAAACCACACAGCUUCCUCAAUAUCUUUACGAAGCGGGUUUUUGCACGAAUAAAAUGAAGGUUGGAUGUACGCAGCCGCGGCGAGUGGCGGCAAUGAGUGUUGCAGCUCGAGUGGCAGAAGAGAUGGGCGUCAAAUUGGGUAUUGAGGUAAGCAUCGCUAAACACUCAUUUAAAAUAGUUGUCAAAAAGUCGAUAACGCCGAAAUCAACUCUUGGCUGUCAUUCUGUACUGGUUGAUAAUUUCGAACUCAAUUUCAAGGUUGGUUAUUCGAUACGUUUCGAAGACUGCACUUCCGAAAGGACAGUAAUCAAAUACAUGACGGAUGGUAUGCUUCUAAGAGAGUUUUUGAAUGAGCCCGAUCUAGCUAGUUAC